CGGGGGCUCAAGCAACUGCUGCGCUGCGUUGUGCUGGGGCGAGAGAGACGAACGUGUUCAGCCAAGCGAUCAGCCACUUAUUUUCGACGUUUCGCUUGUGCCGUGCGGUUGUGCGUUUACGUCGCUGUGUGUCGCGCUGUGGAUUCGUUGUGCGUACCGAGACUAGAAGAAGAGAAAUAAGAAACCCACAAUUGUAUACUGCCGUGUCCGAGGUCAACUUCCGUUUGUGCUACUGUUAGCCGUGUUGUUGUUGUUGUUGUUGUUGUUCUUGUGUUCCCGAGUUCAGUUCCCGAUCGUUCCCGCUUAUUCCCAGCACCAUGAAUCCUGCUAAAUCAUUGUCCUCCAAUGGGACGACAGCACUGUCCGGUAGCAGCAAUCAUCAUCCGAGCGGUCGCCAUUUCGACGGCGAAUCGUUGGACGGCGAACAGGCGCUGGCCAUCAUCCGGCGCAACCUAAAGUCGAGCGCGAUGGACACGGAGGGCACACACUUCGACUGCAACUGUCCGCACAUUUUCGUCGUGUUCGGCGCAUCGGGAGAUUUGGCCAAGAAGAAGAUCUACCCAACCCUAUGGUGGCUAUUCCGGGACAAUCUGCUACCGUCCGACACGAAGUUUAUCGGUUACGCACGCAGCAAGCUGUCGGUGGCCGAGCUGAAGGAGAAAUGUCGUCAGUACAUGAAGGUGCAGGAGGAUCAGGUGGAGAAGUUUGAAGAGUUUUGGUCGGUCAACUUUUACGUCGCCGGCAGCUACGAUUCGCGCCGUGACUUUGAGCUGCUCAACCAGGAGAUCAGCAAGUUCGAGGUGGGCCGUGCGGCCAAUCGGCUGUUUUACCUUGCGCUGCCACCAUCCGUUUUCGAGUCGGUGACGGUACACAUUCGCAACACCUGCAUGGGCGAGAAAGGCUGGAAUCGUAUCAUCGUGGAGAAACCGUUCGGUCGCGAUGCGCAAAGCUCGAACGUGCUGAGCGUCCAUCUGGCGAAGCUGUUCACCGAGGAUCAGCUGUACCGUAUCGAUCACUAUCUCGGCAAGGAGAUGGUCCAGAACCUGAUGACGAUCCGGUUCGGUAAUCAGAUUUUCAGCCCCACCUGGAACCGGGCGCACGUGGCCUCGGUGCUGAUCACGUUCAAGGAACCGUUCGGGACGCAGGGCCGCGGUGGCUACUUCGACGACUUCGGCAUCAUACGGGACGUGAUGCAGAACCAUCUGCUGCAGAUACUGUCGCUGGUGGCGAUGGAAAAGCCGGCCACCUGCCACCCGGACGACAUCCGCAACGAGAAGGUGAAGGUGCUGAAGAGCAUCCGCGAGCUGGCGAUCGAGGACGUGGUGCUGGGCCAGUACGUGGGCGAUCCGAACGGUGCGGAUGAGGAUUCGCGCAUGGGCUACCUGGACGAUCCGACCGUGCCGAAGGGUUCGGUAACGCCCACGUACGCGCUGGCCGUGCUGAAGAUCAACAACGAGCGGUGGGACGGGGUGCCGUUCAUACUGCGCUGCGGCAAAGCGCUGAACGAGCGCAAGGCGGAAGUGCGCAUCCAGUAUCACGACGUGCCGGGGGACAUUUUCGACGGCAAGCCGAAGCGUAACGAGCUCGUCAUUCGGGUGCAGCCGGGCGAAGCGCUGUACGUGAAGAUGAUGACGAAAUCGCCCGGCAUCACGUUCGACAUGGAGGAGACGGAGCUGGAUCUGACGUACGGGCAUCGGUACAAGGACGUGGCACUGCCGGACGCGUACGAGCGGCUCAUACUGGACGUGUUCUGUGGCUCGCAGAUGCACUUCGUGCGCUCGGACGAGCUGAGCGAGGCGUGGCGCAUCUUUACCCCGCUGCUACACUACAUCGAGCGGGAGCGCCCGGAACCGAUCAAGUAUGUGUAUGGGUCGCGCGGCCCGAAGGAAGCGGACCGGAAGUGCGAUGAGAACAACUUCAAGUACUACGGCUCGUACAAGUGGCAUCAGAAGCAUUGAGCAGGAGCAGGAUCUGGUUGGUGGCUGGUGGAUACGAAUGGCGGGCGUUUGCUAAUAAACGAAGCAUUGUUAUUUAUUUAUAUACACACACUUACACACACCCACAUCAAACAGAACACGUUAGGCAUUUUUGCUACCCUUUACUUUCCUCUUACGCGACUACUUACAUCAUUCCCCUUCCUCCUUCUGUGUGGUUGUUUGUUAACCUCUUUCGGAACCCCUCUUAUUUAAGGCAAUGGCAAAGUGAUGCAUUUUCUUCGUCUGUUUUUUUCGGAACUAACCGUUUUUGUAUUGAUCGUUGAGAAUAAAAACAAAGUAAGCAUUUUUCUUGUA